UACGAACAGUUUAAAAAAAUAUAUAAAUCGAUGGUGCUCUCAUCCAAUCCGUGUCUAUCCUAGAACAAUAAACAUCAAAACUCCGCGUUCAAACGCUCACACCAAGUGUGGAACUAAUCGCACCGGACUUACGAAUUCCACAUUCGGUGAUACAGCUUGACUAAUAUUUAUUGCUGGUGUAAAACUAGUGCGUGAAUGAUGUUCGAGUAAAAUUAGUAAAAUCUACAUUGGGCAAGUAUGAAUUUGUGCGCCGCCCAAAAUCCUACUUAAAGAAAACGGCAACGCAAAUCGGUUCAGUCGCACGCUGAAGCUCUGAAAAGUGACGGACGCCGACAAUCCAGGCGCAAAAAUAAACAAAGUGGUUCGAAGGAUGCUCAACGUCGUCUAGUGUCUGAUACGAUGGAGGGACAUUAUAAAAGUGGUUUUGAAAACAGUGGCUUUCAAUUGCAAGAAAAUGGUAAUUUGCAUCGGGAGGACACUGUUGGUGAACUGGUGAAUACGGCACAUUCGCCCCAAAUCCAAGGACACGGUCCGAAGAGGAAGAAAUCUUUGGUGCAACUUACUAGGGAGGCCCUUCCCAGGUUGGAGAAUUACAGAAAUUCGAAAAGAGCCGUCAAAAGACCGUCUUUGGGCGAACUGCACGGUGGCGAGGAUUCUGUCAAAGAUGCCAAAGGAGCGGUCGAAGAUGGCGACAUUUCGGCGCCGGGUCAUGUUGGCAUCAAAUUGGGAUGGAUCCAAGGUGUCCUGAUACCAUGCCUGCUGAAUAUUUGGGGCGUAAUGCUCUUUCUUCGGCUUUCGUGGGUUGUUGCAGAAGCAGGCAUCGGUUUAUCUCUGUUAAUUAUUGGUAUAUCGGCUGUUGUUUGCAUUAUCACUACCUUGUCCCUGUCAGCAAUUAGUACAAAUGGAGAAGUUAAAGGAGGAGGAAUUUACUACAUCAUUUCAAGAUCUCUGGGUCCCGAAUUUGGAGCCUCCGUAGGCAUAGUGUUUGCCUUCGCAAACGCCGUUUCGGCCUCAAUGAACACAAUUGGUUUCUGCAACUCCUUGAGUGAUCUACUCAACAAAUACGGUUUGAAAAUCGUCGAUGGAGGCCUCAAUGAUGUUAGAAUAGUAGGAGUGGUGGCCAUUUUAGUUAUGAUCAUGAUAUGUGCAAUUGGAAUGGAAUGGGAAUCGAAAGCCCAAAACUUUCUUAUUGCCAUUAUUUUAGGGGCUAUGGCCGAUUUUAUGAUUGGCACCAUCAUUGGACCACGAAGUGACGAGCAAAGAGCCCAAGGAUUCGUCGGAUUCAAUACUACUGUUUUCGCUGAUAACUGGGGUCCACAAUAUCGUCCCUCUGAAGGUAUGGACUAUGACUUCUUCCAGGUGUUCGCCAUAUUUUUCCCUUCUGUAACUGGUAUACAGGCGGGAGCAAACAUCUCUGGAGAUCUAAAGGAUCCUGCCGGAGCAAUCCCCAAGGGUACAUUAUUAUCGUUGCUGAUUUCUAUGUUGUCCUAUGCAAUUUUCGUGCUGUUCGCCGGCGGAGCUGCCUUAAGGGAUGCCAGUGGAAACGUCACGGAUUUGAUCACUGGUAAUGUUACUGCUUGUGUUGAAGGAUCUGACUGCAAAUACGGACUGUUCAACAGUUAUCAGAUGAUGCAAAUCAUGUCGAUUUGGUGGCCAUUUAUCUACGCUGGUUGUUGGGCGGCCACUUUGAGUACAGCACUCACCAAUCUUUUGUCUGUACCGAGACUGAUCCAAGCUUUGGGUAUUGACAGGAUUUAUCCGGGACUUAUUUUCUUUUCGAAAGGUUAUGGAAAAUCCGGGGAACCGUACCGAGGUUACGUUUUAACGUUUUUCGUUUCUGCUGCUUUCUUAUUGAUAGCUGAACUUAAUGCUAUCGCACCUUUGAUCUCCAACUUUUAUUUGGCCUCGUAUGCACUUAUCAAUUUCUGCACUUUCCAUGCUGCUCUUAUCAAGCCUCUUGGAUGGAGACCAACAUUUAGGUACUAUAACACCUGGUUAAGUUUAUUCGGUUUUAUAACUUGCGUUGUGAUCAUGUUUCUCAUAAAUUGGCAAUCCUCACUCAUCACCUUUAUUGUUAUUCUGGGCUUGUAUCUACUUGUUGUUUAUAGAAAACCUGAUGUAAAUUGGGGAUCCUCAACUCAAGCACAAACCUACAAAACCGCUUUGACUACAGCCCAUAGACUGAUUAACAUUGGUGAACACGUGAAAACUUACAAACCACAGAUGAUUGUGCUUUGUGGGUUACCACAAACCAGACCUCCAUUAGUUGAUUUUGCAAACCUGAUUACGAAGAAUAAUUCACUGCUGGUUAUCGGUGACGUCGUAAAGGACCGCCUUUCACAUAGAGUAAGAUCUUCAAGAAUGAAUGGCGUAUACGCAUACCUGAGAAGUAUCAAAGUAAAGGCAUUUUAUACUCUUAUCGACAACAUGAAAUUUGAAGUGGGCGCCAAAGCCUUAUUGCAAACAACUGGUAUAGGAAAACUGAGUCCUAAUGUUUUGAUGAUGGGAUAUAAAAACAACUGGGUUACUUGUAAUCGAGACGAUUUACUCAGUUAUUUCAAUGUUUUACAUGCUGCGUUUGAUCACAGGGUGUCUGUAGCAAUACUGCGUAUGCCAAACGGCUUGGACUACAGUAAAAUCACCCAAGAAGAUGAUCAAGGUAAUACAGAGGUAGUGACUAUCCCUUCACGUUCAGAACUGAGAACUUCAGCUUCUAGUAAUAUGAUGCAUGCUGAUUCUAAUUUAAGUCUUAAUAACGUUGGACAAGAUACUGUAGAUGCCACUGUUAUUUCUUCUAAAAACCUCGCACUUACAAAUUCAAAGACCGAAAUAAAAUUAAGGAAGAAAGAUCUGACAAUGAACACCAAUUCUGAUAAUCAGCUGUCUGGUAUUUCGAUUGAAAAUAUGUUGAUCUUCCGUACUAAACAAAAGAAAGGCUUUAUUGAUGUUUGGUGGCUCUAUGAUGAUGGUGGUCUGACAAUGUUGCUACCUUAUAUUAUAUCGACGAGGCAGGAUUGGUCCAGUUGCAAAUUAAGGGUGUUUGCUCUGGCAAAUAACAAAAAUGAACUUGAGAAUGAGGAAAAAAAUAUGGCAAAUCUUCUGUCAAAAUUCAGGCUGGACUAUUACAGUUUGAAAAUGGUGUGGAUUUCGGAUAAACCUCAGGACAGCACGAUAAAAUUUUUCGACGAUUUAUUAAAAGAUUUCAGAACAAAUCAAGAUGUUGACAAAAAUGAGUGCAAAGUAUCAGAAGUGGAAAUUUCCCACUUACAAGAAAAAACACACAGGCAGUUGAGACUACGUGAGUUACUGCUGGAACAUUCCAAAGAAGCAAAUUUAAUUGUGAUGUCAAUGCCAAUGCCUAGAAAGGGAACUGUUUCAGCACCUUUGUAUAUGGCCUGGUUAGAAGCUUUAACAAGAGAUUUACCUCCUUAUCUAUUGGUAAGGGGUAAUCAACAGUCAGUGUUAACUUUUUAUUCUUAGUAUAGUUCUUCUAGACUUUAUUCAUUAGUAAACCAAAAAUUAUUGUAUUAAUAUUUAUAUUUUAAUUAAAUAGACUAGUUUUAUA